CCAUUCCGUUUCACCAGUGCAAAACAGAGCACAGAGAACAGUGACAGCGGAGAAAAGAAAUGGGGAGGAAGAAGGGAGUAGCAGAGUUCGAGGAGUCGCCUCCAGAUGACUUUGAUCCAUCGAAUCCAUACAAGGACCCAGUGGUGAUGCUGGAAAUGAGAGAGCAUAUUGUUAGAGAGAAAUGGAUUGAUAUAGAGAAAGCCAAGAUCUUGAGAGAGAGACUUCGAUGGUGUUAUCGCAUUGAAGGAGUUAAUCAUCUCCAGAAGUGCCGCCAUCUUGUCCAACAGUAUCUUGACUCCACUCGUGGGAUCGGGUGGGGCAAGGACCAACGCCCUCCUUGUCUCCAUGGUCCUAAGGUGGAGGCAACAGCUGAGUCUGAAUGAAUCCUUCUCAGUAUUUCACCUGCCUGGUUUUAUAUUAAGGUGACUGAUUUUGUGAGCAGGUUGAUAACAGAAGUGGAGGGAAUUCGGGCCUCCAUGUUGUUUUAAUGCGUGGCUGUUUUUCUUUAUUUGACUCUUUGUCAUCCAGAGUUUUUUUUAUUACCUUCCCUGUAAGGUGCAGAGGUCUGAUGUGGCUUUGGCUUUCACCUUCCAUUCCUUUAAUUGUUAGUAUCAAAAUACUGCAGAUGAUUCAGGAUCAAUGAAUGAAAGUAACUCAAUAUAAUGCAAUAAAUUUUCCUGUCAUUACGUGCUUUUGUUUAA